UUGCAGCAAGCAGCUGAAGUUUCUCAGCUGAGAGGAGCUCGAGUCAUCUCUGCUGAAGAUCUCCUGUUCUUAAUGCGCAAAGAUAAGAAGAAGCUUAGAAGGCUACUUAAAUACAUGUUUUUUCGAGACUACAAAUCUAAAAUUGUCAAAGGAAUAGAAGAAGAUGACCUCCUUGAAGACAAAUUCAACAGUAAUAACACCAACAAACGGCAGAAGCUUGCUCAAGACUUUCUCAACUCCAUUGACCAGACUGGAGAGCUAUUAGCCAUGUUUGAAGAUGAUGAGAUUGAUGAUGUUAAGCAAGAGCGGAUGGAGAGAGCGGAAAGACAAACACGAGUGAUGGACUCAGUCCAGUAUGCAGAAUUUUGUGAAAGUCGGCAGUUGAGUUUUUCAAAGAAAGCAUCCAAGUUUCGUGACUGGUUGGACUGUAGCAGUAUGGAAAUAAAGCCAAAUGCAGUUGCAAUGGAGAUUUUGGCAUAUUUAGCGUACGAGACUGUGGCACAGUUGGUGGACUUGGCACUUUUGGUUAAGCAGGACAUGGCUCCCAAAGCUGGUGACCCGUUCAGUCAUGCCAUAUCUGCCACCUUCAUCCAGUAUCACAACUCUACCGAGCCACACCUCUUAGGGCAAUCUACAAGUGUGAAAACCAGUCUUGACUCUCCUGAAAACACACCACCUCCUACACCCACACCCCCAGCAUCAGCAGGACAGCAACAUCUUGGGAAAACGCCAUCAGGAGCCCUAGGGAAUGGUGGAAUUGGACAGGACUCUACCAAAUCCAAACAAAGAAAAAGAAAAAAGAGCACUGCAGCCUGUGGUAUAGAGGCUCAAAGCGAUGCCAUCCAGCCCAGCCACAUCAGAGAGGCCAUUCGACGCUAUGGCCACAAGAUUGGCCCCCUUUCCCCAUUCACAAGUGCCUACCGCAGAAACGGGAUGACUUUUCUCGCCUGCUAAUAUGGAUGUGGCUGCAGCAACAGGAAAGACAGUGUUAUAUUAAGGUGAUUUUCUUUUCCCCUCCAUGGAAGGAAAAAAAAAUACAAGCUCCAGUGUCUCCGUGUACCAGUGAGUGGGCUGGUUUGUUGUGACUAUCUGCUGGCUGACUGUCUCUUUUUCCAGCCCCCUCAAUCGUUAUUCUUGUUUACUAGCUGGAACAUUUAGCUAAUUAAUGGCAGGAUGUUUGGGAUAGCGUGUAGGUGGACAAGAAUACAGAUCAGACAAUGCUGAAGUUUGCAGGGGACUUGCUGCUGUCAGCCUCUUCCUGAAAUGCGAUGUCGUUAUUAUUUAAGUGUUUGGAAGUCUGUAUGUUCUCCUAGAGAUGUUUUUGUGGUUUUUUUGUAAAGGAGGACGGGGCAGAAAGAGGCCAGAGAUAGACUG